AUGUCGCUCACACAUAUGCAUCCGGAGGACGAUGCACCUCCACCUUACACUCCAACCGACCCUCUGACUCCAGCUUCCACGAUCAAUGACGCCGCAAGCCAGGUGUCAGCAGAGAACGUUCCAUCAUAUACCCAUGCCGUAGAGGCCCCAAAUUUUGUUUCUGCAGUACCAUAUUUUAGCGAGCGCGGCCUGCCGUCGAAUGUGCAGCCUGGCGCCCAAAUCCUGGAGCAUGCGCUAGUUUUCUACAAACGAAGCCAGGCCAAAGACUUUUCGAGAUAUCCUCGCUGCUGGCGCCCCAAGACCGAAGAUAUCACUCAGCAUGACUGGGAUACGUUUCUAAACUACCUUCUACCGCCGCAUCUUGGGCCGGCGUCGAAUCACCCUCAGUUGCCGCAAAAGCUGCGGGCUGAGAUCGAACGUGAUCGUAAAGACAGGCCGCAGGAGACAGAGGACGAGCGGCAAUGGAGGAUUACUGCGGUUGUUACAGAAUGGAAUGUCAACUUUUUCCAGCCUCGCGGAGCCAUGGUAGUCUAUUGUUUUGUUCGUGAAGAUGGAACCCAGCCCGAGUCUCCGUUAUGUCCGUCGUGCUAUCCAAACACUACCUCAUCCAGAUCUCGCAAUGAUAACCCCCAGCCUGUGGCUGAAGUGCCUACGGGCACUGCCUCGAGAGAAGUACAUGAGCUACCUCAGCCACCGACUAUGGUACCAAGUGGCCAGCAGAACGUGCAGACGACGGAAAUCCCAGCAGCAGCAGCAGCAGCUACAGCAGCAAGCGGAGGGAGCUCGGAUAAUCAAUAUCAAUAUAGAUCCGGACAUGCAGGGGGCCCAGGAGUGUGGAUUUUUAACCCUGGUGCGGCAGUGAAUAACAUUGCCUCGAUGAUUUCAGACCAAGUUCAACGAUAUAGCCAGUAUGUAUCAGAGCAAGCCAUGGAGCACAGCAGAAAGGUGAGCGAGCAGGUCCAAGCAGCUAGCCGGGAAGUGGAAAGAAAUGCUCAGACACAUGCAUUUUAUGUUCAGCAGCAGGCUGUGGAUGCUAGAAACAAGGCUAUCAACAACUUUACCACUUACAGGGACCAAGCUCAGUCAUCAUGGAGUGGUCACCAUGGACCCCACGGCUGGUUUGGGGCCCAUGGUCACUGUCAACCUCACCAUGGCGGAUGGGGAGGAAGAGGUUACGGGGGGUGGGGGCAAGGUAGAAGCACUUGGGGUCCGGGAGGAUGUCAACCAGGGAGUUCUGGCUGGGGAUUUUGGCAGCAGAAAGCCGAGCCAGCAGGCCAGCGAGGACGCGAAUGGGGCCACAUUGAACAGAAAGGGAGAAGAGCGAGAAGUGCUUCUGUCUCCUCGUCAUCAUCAUCGUCCUCUUCGUCAAGCAGCUCCUCUGAGUCACUGGAUUCUGCUUCAUCCGACUCCGAUUUGAAAAAGAGUGAACUUGCCGCUCUUAAAACCGCGCUCCGCAAUCUCAAAGAGCAACAGGAGCAAAGAAAGCUCUCUACAGCCGACUACAGGGCACGCAGAAAGGAGCUACGGCGAGACUGUAGAGCGUUGAGAUCAGCUCGAAGGGAAUUCCGCUCGGCUGGGCGGCGAUGCCGUGGUACAAGCUCCAGCGGCCACGGCGGCUGCGGCCCUCGUGCAGGCGGCCAACCGCCUGCUGCUCGAGGAGAGUUCAGCUCUGACAUUGACGAGAUCAAGAAGGAUAUGCAGGAGAUCAAGGACCACUAUGUUAAUUUGAUUCGCAGCCUGCAAGGUGAGAAACGAGAGCUGAAGCAAGCGGAGAAGAACCACAAACGAGAAGAGAAACUGGCCAGAAAGGAGGAGAAACUGGCCAGGAAACAUGAGAAGGCAGCGAGGAAGGAAGAGAAGAGGAGAGCCAAAGAGAAGGGCAAGGGGAAAGCCAAAGCAGAGUCGGAUGCUCCCCUAGAGAGACAGAUGGAGAAUAUUAAUGUAUCGAGUACGCCUCUUCCAGAGUACCCUCAGACUCCCCAGAUGGCCGGAACGGUGGUGAAAGAUGUCAAGCAGUAA